UCAAAAAAAGAGCCCCCCCGCCCCGAGAUGUGAUUCUCUCCGCCCUUUUUUCUUGUUUCCUGCGAUGUGUGGCUGUCGAAGACUUCUUGGGCAGGAGCUUCUUUCAAGCAGGGGAAGAGCGAGGGCUAGGGCACCGCCUGGGUUCCUGUAGGAAGAAGCUCACAUUUUGGUCCUGAGUUGUCACUCUGCUGACCACCAUGGGGCUCUGUAAAUGCCCCAAAAGGAAGGUCACCAACUUGUUCUGCUUUGAGCACCGGGUGAACGUCUGUGAAAGCUGUAUUGUUGCUAACCAUGCCAAGUGCAUUGUUCAGUCAUAUCUCCAGUGGCUUCAGGACAGCGAUUACAAUCCCAAUUGCCGGCUGUGUAAUACUCUCCUCUCCACCAAAGAGACAGUUCGGCUCAUCUGUUAUGAUCUUUUUCACUGGUCCUGCCUCAACGAGAUGGCAAAUCAGCUGCCCUCAAACACCGCCCCCGCAGGCUACCAGUGCCCCAGCUGCAAAGCCCCCAUCUUCCCUUCUGCCAACCUAGUUAGUCCAGUGGCUUCAGUGCUGCGAGAGAAGCUGUCGACGGUUAACUGGGCUCGGGCUGGCCUCGGGCUCCCGCUGAUUGAUGAAGCUGAAGUGGUCCAGGAGGUGGAUUCACAGGACACCACUGACUACACUGACUGGUCCAGCUUCACGGUCCUCAGCUCUGAAGAGGCCAGCCAGCAGAGCUCUCAGUCCGCCUUCGCUUACAGCCCGAGCGCCACCCUCCACUCCUCGCAGCAGCAGCAAGGCCUGAACAAUGGGGGCCUGCAGGAGCAGCACACAGUGAUCAGCAUGGGCGCAGAACCAGUCACCAUGAAUGCAGCUUCCUCACCACGGAAAGUUUAUGACACCCGAGAAGGCGGGGGCGGGAGAGCCUCCGACGCUCGUAUAGACUUUGACGAAGAUAAGUACCGCCGGCGUCCAGCUCUUGGCUGGCUGGCCCAGCUGCUAAAGAACCGUUUCAAGUCCAGGAAGCAACCGCGGUCCUUGAUGCAGAGAUUCGUCAUCCUGCUCCUGAUUGGAGGGAUCGGCUUCCUCACUCUCAUCAUUGUCAUGAUGAAACUGGGCCGGGCCUCAGCUGACAACGACCCCAACCUGGACCCCAUGUUCAACCCGCACAUCCGGGUCGGGCAGCAGUGAGUCGGACAGCUUUCCCCACGCCUGCUGUGCACCCUUCCCUGCUCUGCAGCUCUACUCUGCUUGGGAAGACUGAACUGGGGCUGGCUCACUGGAAAACUGCAGCCACAUGUCCCUCCCUGGAAGAGCACAGCAGGGCUCUGGUGCCUGUGAGUUCCACCCUGGGAGCUUAGAAGAAGAUGCUCUGAGCAAAGGGCAAGUCCUCCUCCUCCUCUCCUGUUCUUCUAACUGUGGAUCCAGAGCUUGGACCUUUACUUUUUUGGAGCCUGCAAUAGUAGCCUUCAAGGAUACUAGCCUAGAAAGUCAAAUGGGCAUCAGAAGAGGCCCACAAGAUGAACUUCCAGCAGGGGGCAGCACCUGCUUCACAACUCACCGUGAUGCUAUAGAAGAAAAGGGGGGUUCCAGAUCGGGUUUCUACAGCUGCCACCUGCUGGAACCUCUUCCUGCUGUAUUCAUCCAUGGCUACAUCUGUUGUGGGGAAGGUCAUCCCAGGUUUAUCCCUUGUCACUUGGCCAUAUUCUCUGCCCAGGUGUAGUGGGGGCUAGAAGGUUGGUUUGAUUUCUCCUGGCAUAGUGAUUAAGACUUACAAUGGAAGAAUAGGGUUGAAUCAUUCUCCUCCCCUCCCCCGCCAAGCUCACUUGCUCCCUGGUGUUCUUCCUCUUCCUGCCCCUAUAUUGAGCAGGCCCAAUGUUUGACAAGCCGCCUGUGUCCCAAGAAUCCCAGGAGUGCCUCAGAUGUCUGAGGCUCGGCGGGAGAGUCGACUGAGGGUGCUUACGACCAAGAGACGGGUGCUGUCCAAACUGGGACCUUGCUGGGCUUGCCUCACUCUGAGUGUCUCUAACGGAAGCAGGCUGAUGACCUGUUAAGCAGACACCCCUGCCUCUUUCCGUUUGCCUGUCUGCAGGGCCUCUCCAGCUAAGAAGUGCACGAAGCAACAGGGCUUACACACACACACACACACACACACAAACACCAUAACGUGGGUCAAAGAAGCAGGUCUACAAUAUUCUGCUGCAUUAGGGGACCAGUGAAACAUUUGUCCUGUUGAGGCUGAAUUCUCAUAUCUGUCCCAGUAGGCCCUUUCAUAGAAUUCUGGGAGCUGCUUAUUGGGAUAGAGUUCAGAAUUCACAGCUGAAAUGGGCACGUCUCUUCAAUCCUGAUAAAGUACAGUUAGGGGUUGCAUCUUUGCGGGGGGAGGGUCUAAUUCCUAAGACAGGGUGGGAGGUGUUUGAAGGAGUUCCAUGUUUUUAAGUUAUAUUAAUGAUCUGAUAUGUUCUGAAAUCAGUAGAUGGGCUGUCAGAUCUUAUGAUUUCUGGCCAGUCAGCCUCUCUGUUCCUGGCCCUUCCACCCUUCUCUCUGCUCUGCCAGACUUACAUGGUGGUUCGAGGGCAGCUUGUAACGGCGUUACUCAUGAACCUUACUCUUAAAAUGGAGGAUGCUGCUAGGUGGACAACAUCUGAGAGCUUACAUGAGAUGGGUGUCCCGUGAGCUUGUGCAGCAGGUGCUGGGUUAUUCCUUUGUUCUAAUCUAAUGUUGGUGUCGCAAAACAGCACUCGGAAAGCUGUGUAGCUGUAUUUACUGCCUCAAUUCCUAUGGGUUGUGGAGGGCCUGGUAGAAACGCAAGACUGUGUAAGACACUAAAGCAAUAGACUUGUGUGUUGCAAUUCUAUUAAACGCUGUUGGCUAAGCCCUGAGCCCCUUUUGCUGCUGCUUUUCCUCAAAGGGUAAAUUGGAACCGCAGUUCCCAAAUCCAGGGGGGAAUCGCUUACUCCUGUUUCUUGCAGUUCUCUAUUCGUAGCGCUCUUCCCUGUAGGCAAUGGUGAAAAACUCCAUGACAAAACGGACAAUGAAGACAGCGAAGUUCAGGGCUGGGAAGAAAAGAAAGGGGGUGGGAUUUGAUCACAUUGGGUAUGAUGAUGUGCAUUCUUGGCAAGAGGAGAAAGCUCCUAAAUCUUAGCUUUCUGCUGUACAGGCAGAUUGGGGAGGGUCCCCACCUGCUUUGCAUCCAGGACGUGCCUGGUGAGUCUUUGGAAUCUCCUGCUGAAACAUCUUGGUAGGGCUGCAAAAGACCUUGGAGAGCUGGUAUCAGCCAGAUGUUACUAAGCUAGACAACCCAGUGGUCUGGCUCAUUUGCACUCUCCAAUGUUGCUGUACAUUGAACUAGUAAUGGGAAAGGGUGAUUGUGUUCAACUUCCGUGAACAAUAAAAAAUGGUUUUGGA